ACUUGGAGCGGUUCCUGCCUGCAGGGGGGCCCCACCCUGUUAGUCCCAGCCUACCCAGGCCCAGUACUCGGCUGCCCGCGUGUUCGCACUGUCCUCCCUACCCGGCUCUGGAGGGCGUCCCGGAAACUAUGGAGGUGCUGGUCCUGGCAGGAUACCGCGCGCAGAAGGAGGGCGAGCUGAGUCUGGCGCUGGGGGAUGUGGUCCGACAGGUGUGCAAGGGACCUGCAAGGGGAUGGCUGCGCGGAGAGCUGGGGGGCCAUUGUGGCCUCUUCCCCGAGCGCCUGGUGCAGGAGAUUCCGGAGACAUUGCGUGGUGCGGGAGAGGCGCCUAGACCACGCUUUCCGCGCACUCACGGUCGCCCUGCCAAAUCUUGGAGCCCCCAGAGAUGGUGCAAAGUGAACUUCAGCUACAGCCCGGAGCAGGCGGAUGAGCUGAAGCUGCAAGCUGGGGAGAUAGUGGAAGUGAUAAAGGAGAUUGAGGACGGCUGGUGGCUGGGAAAGAAGAACGGGCAGCUGGGAGCCUUCCCAUCCAACUUUGUGGAGUUGCUGGACAGUGGGCCCCCAAGCCUUGAUAACCCAGACAUGCCUUCAAUCAGUCCUGAUUCCCAGCGGCCUCCCAAGCUGGGCAGCCUGACCUACGACAGCCCUCCAGACUACCUGCGGACAGUCUGCCACCCUGAGACCUACAGAGUCCUGUUUGACUACCAGCCGGAGGCCCCAGAUGAGUUGGCACUGCGGAGGGGCGAAGAGGUGAAAGUGCUGAGGAAGACCACAGAGGAUAAGGGCUGGUGGGAAGGAGAGUCCCAAGGCAGAAGAGGUGUUUUCCCAGACAACUUUGUGCUCCCACCACCCCCAACCAAGAAGCUGAUCCCACGAAAAGUGGCAUCCCGAGAAUCAGCUGCUCUUAAAGAACCAAAAAAGAUGGUGCCCAAAACAUCCCUCCCCACGGUCAAGAAGCUGAUGACAGCCCACACUGGGCCCAGCAAAGCCAAGCCGUCUGGGAUACCUGGUGGAGAUGGACAGAAGCGCCCCUCCCGGGACUCCGGCUCCAGUGGCAGCCUCCUCAGUGGGGGUUCCGGCCACCCUGGCAGAAAGCGGUCCAGAACCCAGGCUUCCCGGCAACAACCCACGGCCAGUCAGGAGGAAGAACGGAGGAAUCGAGCAAAGGCCCCUUCUGCGAAUAAAGCCCCUACUCUGGGCAAGACUCCCACCCCACGAAAGACCCCGUCUCUGGAGGAGGCCCCCAACCCAGAGGAAACGCUGACUCCAGAUAAGACCCCCAUCCCGGAGGAGACCCUGGCUCUAGAGGACAAGGCCCCCAGCCCAGAUGGGGACGUUUCUGUGGGUGAGGCCCCUGCUCUAGGUGUCCUACCUGAAGAUGAAGCCUCGGGCCCAAAGAUGGCCCCUUCCGGGGAAGAGGCCUCCACCUUAGAGAAGGCCUUGACCCCAGAUCAGAUGCUCUCAGGAGAGGCCCCCCCUGGGGACAGCGCUCAGCUCCAUCCCUUCCCUCUGGAGCCAGCCCUGACCAAGAGAGACUCGCUCUUGGUCAGUGAGGCUCAGUCCCAAGAGGAGGUCCACAUGGCGGAGGAACACCCUCUGAAUAGGAGGGACAGCUCUGCACUCCAGUCGGAGGCCGAGCCAGGGUCCCUGUCUGCCCUGGAGGAGGCUCACCCCCCAGAAGAGGCCGCCACCCUCCUGGAGGAGGUACCUGCGAAGGAUGAGACUACAGCCAGAGAGGAGGCACCCCCUAAGGAGGCAGACCCAGCUCAAGAGAACCCACAUCCUAUCAAGCCGACUCCAGACCCUCAAGAGACUCUCAGCCUCCAUUCAUUCGUCCCGCAAAAUCCCCCAAACAGCGAAAGUGACAGAAAUGACGUAAUAAGGCUACAGAACGAGGUGGAGUCUUUAAGGAGUGCCCUGGAGCUGAUGGGGGUGCAGCUGGAACGAAAGCUGACCAACCUCUGGGAGGAGCUGAAGAGUGAGAGGGAGAAGCGCCAGUUGCUAGAGGUUCAGAUGAAGCAGAGGACCCAGGAAUCCGGGACCCCGAGCUCCAGCCAUGCGCAGAUGCACUGAGGGGGGUCCCGGGGAAAGACGACAGUGGGGGCCUGGAGGGGAGUCUGCUCCGGCCACCCACAUCCUUGCGCAGGACUUUGGGAAACUCAAGAAAGUAAACUUUGCUGUCCACGCACACCCUGCCUGCCUGGUCUGUGCGGGGGCGGGGCCUUUGCGGCAGGGGCGGGGCCAGGCUGGCGCUCAGCAUUCCCGGAGGUCUCUCCCUGGCACAUCUGGCCAACAUGUGGCUUUCAUUACCAUUCCCAAGGUCUGUGCGCGGCUAUUUUUACCCACCGGAUGGAGGGGGGGGGUGGAGGGGGCGUCUCCUUCGGACGCCAGCGGGCAGGAGGGGCCCAAGCUCAGGCAGGGUCAGGCCCUGCCUGCGGCCGGAUUCCGGAAUCCAGCUGUGCGCCAGAGGAACUGGUGGCCGGGCUUUCGAAUCCCUGGAUCCCUCCCAGUUGGCCCCACGGUCGUCAGCUCAGGACUCACAGAAACGCACCUCCACUCAGUCAGGCACACGUGGUUACGCUGGGGCUAAGAGCACCUUAGCGUCAAGGUCAGCCUGGCGCACGCGAGUGUGUGCGCGUGCGCGCGAGAUUGCAAUGAUGCAUGAACCCUGGGCCUCUGUAGGGAUGGGUGACGUGCGUUCAGGCGCGUGCUGGUAAGGAAUGCGUUUGUGAGUAAGGAAUUCGAGUGAUACUUGUUCUGAGGGAG